AUGGUGAAUCUUUCCAAACGUCAAGUACCCGAGGAAAUGGUCCCAGCUUCUAAUUUCAGGGCGGAAAAACACGAAUCAUUAGGAGAGAUGUCACCAUCCACAUCAAGACCAAAUAGAGGUAUUCGCGAAGAGAUGAUGAACUCGGGAUACCUUGUCGCGAACCAGACAGAAAAAUUGCGAAGCGUUCUUUUUGGAGUUGGAUUUCUCUCUUUCUUCGUUCCGCUGUCCAUGAUUUCCUUGGAAAUCCGAAAGGGAAGUUUGGACUUCUACUUUCAUCAUAGGAUUCGAGAAGCAAUAGAACCUGAGAAAGCUUUUCGGAUGGAGAGAAUAAGUAUCCCCGUCACUGACAAGAAGGCUGUGUCUUUGGAGGAACCAGCAUGUGAAUGUGGUAAGACAGAAAACCGGCAAGAAUCGAUAGACUAUAAAUGCAAGAGCGUUUGGGACACGAGCAAAUUUGUCCUCAGGUUCGAUUGUAGGGAACUUCAUGUGUGCGAUCGUGAUGCGAACUUAAAAAGGAGAAGAUUUUUUUUCAAGGAAGAAGAACAGUUUUGA